CGCACUAUAAGCAGGAGGCGGGCGCGUGCACCAGGCAGCGAGCGGCACCUGUGCAGGUAGGGAGCGCGCCGCGGCUUCAGAAGGGGACUCGCGCUGCUGACGGCGGUUGCUGCCCCGAAAGGAUCGGUGUCUGACCUGGCCAUUCUGAGUGCUUGCUGCCGAAACUCCAGCAUGAAAAGCGAAAGGGAGAUCCCGCCUGUCGUGCAGAGGGGAAACCGGGAGAACCGGAGCAGCGACAGACAGAACCGGGAACUGGAAACCGUGGGGACAGCGGCCAACAUCUGCACGAAAGCCAGAGAGGAGAGGAAAACGGCCCUAAGCAAGGUGGUCAUUCGUCGUCUUCCACCCAACAUAAGUAAAGAACAACUGGAGGAGCAGCUGCACCCGCUCCCAGCACAUGACUAUUUCGAAUUCUGUACCGCCGAUCCCAGUUUAUACCCACACCUUUACACAAGAGCCUAUAUUAACUUCAGGAAUCCAGAAGACAUUCUUCUCUUUAGAGACAGAUUUGAUGGAUUUAUCUUCAUUGACAACAAAGGUCAGGAAUACCCCGCUGUGGUUGAGUUUGCUCCUUUUCAAAAGGUUUCAAAAAAGAAGCUGAAAAAAAGAGAUACAAAAGCUGGAAGCAUUACGGAUGAUCUUGAGUACAAGAAAUUCCUCGAGAACUAUUGUGCUGAUGAGGAGAAAAUAAGUGCCAAUCCAGAGACUCUUCUGGGAGAAAUUGAAGCAAAAACAAAAGAACUCAUUGCGAGGAGAACUACACCCCUGUUGGAGUUCAUCAAAAGCAGAAAGUUAGAAAAGCAGAGAAUGAGAGAAGAAAAAAGAGAAGAGAGGAGAAGACGGGAAUUGGAGAAAAAGCGCUUGAGAGAGGAAGAAAAGAGGAAACGUAGAGAAGAAGAAAGGCGUAAGAGAAAAGAAGCCGACAAGCAAAAGAAAAUAUCUGAAAAGGAAAUAAGGGUUAAGCUUCUUAAGAAACCUGAAAAGGGAGAUGAGACAAAUAGUGAUAAACAGAAGGCGAACCUAGAGGAGACUGAGGGAGAAGAAGCAAAAUGGGAAAAAUCCUCUCUAUCCGAGACUAUAAAAGUGCGACCAUUUGAAAAUGUCAUCAAGGAACUGAAAGAAAAGACACAGAAUGACAGUGACAAGGAGCAACGAGAUGUCGACAGGAGAUUCUGUGACAAAGAACAUGAAAAGCCAAGAUAUCGAAUGGACGAUGGCAGAAAACCUAGACAACAUUAUGAGUAUGACAAGUUUAUGAGGAAGAACGAAGAUGACCAGAAGUGGGGCAAGGCGUACAACCAAGACCGAGGCAAGAAAGGGAACCACAACUCUAGCCUUGCAACGGAUACAAUAGACAAACUGGGUAAAGAGGACACGUGUGAUGACAUGGCAUCCAAAAAGGAGCGCAUAAGAAAUAAGGAUCGUCCGGCCAUGCAGCUAUACCAGCCAGGACCUCGCAGCCACAGAACUACAGGAUGUACAAAUAAAGGUGUUGAUGAAGAAUUCUACAGAAGGAGUGAUACAGAAGUUUUAACAGGACAAGCUUUGCAACAGAGCGAAGAAGCUGGGUGAGAUGUGAAAGACGCACGGAAGAGAGACCAGGUGCUGGUUCCACAGGUGUACUCAGGGGCCUUACACCUAGAGACAAAAGAAGCUGAAGCCAGAUUAUAUUUGCCUGCUUCAUUCUUUCCGUGGAAACGAGCAAUAGUGAAUAUAAAAGCAUCCCCCGAAUUAGUGUUUUACUUCUCCUUCCAGUGCCAAAAAGCUCCCAAUAAACCGCACUAAUGCUACAGUGUGAAGGUGGUUUGUAUUUUUCUAGAUUAAGUCAUUAUAAGGAGAUACGUUUAACUGAAUAAUGCAUCGUUUAUUUAGUUUAGAUAAACCACACAUGCCGUUGGAAGGACUUCAUACUUAUUUAAUCUGUCAUACAUUUUGGUCUGUUGUAGACAGCUUGUAUGUUAGCAAUAAGAACAACUAAAUUCACUUGGUGGAUUUUAUUUUUGGCAAUCUAGUUUCUCAGCUGUACCCACACUUUUAGUAACAAGCAAGAAAUCAGAUUUCAGUGGUCUGCAAAGCCAUGUUUUUGGGAGUGCAGUAGAUGGUACUCCACAUCCUUGGCUCCUACAUGAUUUGUCUAUUCCACAUCUGCAGUCAUCAAGCCAUCUUAUCUUCUUGAAAUCCUGUGGGAGCCCACUUUUGUCUUUGCCAC